UGUGCGGAACUUGCAGUGUUCCGCUGUCACCAUGUUCUAAUAAACCUGUCAAUAGUCAGCAUCAUGGCUUGUAAAUACUUGUGGAUUGUCAUUAUAGCGAUGGCAGCCGCCGUCGCUGCUUAUUCUGUUGGUGGUGACGACCAGGACAACUACCUAAACGAGCUUGACGACGAUUUGGAAGAACAUGGCGGGAGGAAAGGAAAAAUAUUAUUUCCGUUCGUGAGCAUCGUUCGGUUCGCGAACACUGACUGCUCGACGUCAAGCGCGUUCAACGGCACAUGUCUAGCUCGGCGGGAGUGUAACAAUCUGAAUGGAACCAUCACUGGGAACUGCGCCUCAAGGCGAGGCAGGUGCUGUGUGGUGACGCGAUCGUGCGGAAGCACUACAAAUGUGAACAACACAUACUUCACGAGCCCCGGAUACCCCGCCGCGUAUGCGGGAGGAGCCGCAUGCAGCAUCAUAGUCAACCGCUGCAACAGCGGCAUCUGCCAGCUGCGCAUUGACUUCACCGAUCUGACGCUGGCUCAGCCGGACGGCGACGGUAACUGCGUGACAGACUCCAUCACAGUGACGGGCGGCAACACUGUCGUGCCCACGCUCUGCGGCGACCUCACGGGCCAAACCAUUUUCGUGGACUUCAAUGGAAACACUGCCAUCACCAUCACUGUCAGUGCCACGCUUGCCACCACGUUCUCUAGAAGGUGGAACCUCAAGCUUAUUCAGCUGGGCUGUGACUGCCCUGGCAUUGCACCCAACGGCUGCCUGCAGUACUACACGGGCAUAACGGGCACUAUCAGUAGCUUCAACUACGGGGUUGCAGCUAACACGGCUCUAUCAGCCUCGCUUGUCACUGGGACGCGACAGAUCGCCAACCUCAACUACGGCAUCUGCAUCCGCAUGGAGGCCGGCUACUGCGCCAUUCAGUAUGCACAAACAAACGACGUGUUCUCGUUCACGGUGACGGGCGACGUGGAGGGCGCGGACAACACAGUACUGGGCACAGCCCUGGGUGCUGUCAAUGACGGCGCGUGCGUCUCCGACUUCGUGGUCAUCCCAAACCCCACCGUAGUGGCCACCGGCGCGGCCGUCGGCACCGACCGCUUCUGCGGCAUCGGCUUCGUCACAGUUCAGAGUGGGGCAAAGCCGUUUGUGCUGUACGUGGUAACCGACGCUAACGAGGGAGCCACCGCGACGACCCCGCCUGACAUCGCUAACCGGGGCUUUACACUCACUUACACGCAGGUGGCAUGCUGAGCCCGCGCGUAAAGCCUCAUCUCAUCCAUUGAACUGCAGCAACAGAUUUUUAGGGUUCCGUAGUCCUACAGAUAGGGACCCUUGUCCGUCUGUCCGUCCGAGACGUAUGGACACCUCCGCGUUCUAGGACAAAACUAUUUAGUACUAAUAUAAAUAUAAUAUAAAUAUACAUCAAUAUUGUAAAUGGGGAAAGUCUGAGAUAUUCCUCGGUCUUGCAAUUAUAUUGAUGAAGCCCGGAAUAUUAGGAUUUCAUCAUACUUCAUCACAUCACAUCACUUAUGACCUCGAUGGCUCAGUGGUAAAGUGCUUUCCUGUGAACCGAGAGGUCCCGGGUUAGAUCCCCGGUUGGGUCAUGAUGGAAAAUGAUAUUUUUCUGAUUGGCCCGGGUCUUGGAUGUUUAUCUAUACUAUAUAUUUAUUUGUUAUAAAAUAUAAUAUCGUUGAGUUAGUAUCCCAUAACACAAGUCUCGGUCAACUUACUUCAGGGCUAGCUCAAUCUGUGUGAUUUUGAUUUGUCCUAAUAUAUUCAACGCGAAUGAUGUAAUUUGGGUAGGGUAUACGGUAAUAAGGGUAUACAAAUUAAUCACCUCGACAAAGUGGUCAAAUAAAAUAGAACUUUAAGUAUACCUCCCUACUCGUGAAGCAGGAAUGACUAGUGGCAAAAAAUAUAAUUCCUUACAUGUAUCAACAUAUAUGAUAUAUAUUUAGUGUCAAGUUAAAAGUUAAGUAAGAACUUGAAAAGGGGACAUCAAUGCGUAUGGCAAUUGUCGUUUUCUUUUUGAAUAAUGUUUAUGUGUGCAAAUUAAAUAAACCUUAUGUAAGUAACUU